CGGCCCGGCCGGCGCAGGCCACAGCCCCGAGCGGGAUCGCCGAGCCGAGUCGAGCCGAGCCGGGCCGAGCGCUCGCUGGCCUGGGCCAUGGCGUCUCAGCCGCCGCCUCCCCCGAAGCCUUGGGAGACCCGCCGCAUCCCGGGGGCCGGGCCGGGCCCGGGACCCGGCCCCACUUUCCAAUCUGCUGAUUUGGGGUCCACUUUAUUAACCAGACCUAUACAACCAGCACUAACCAGAGUGCCCCCGCCUAUUCUUCCAAGGCCAUCACAACAGACAGGAAGCAGCGGUGUAAACUCUUUUAGACCUGCUUACAGUUCAUUUUCUUCUGGAUAUGGUGCCUAUGGAAAUUCAUUUUAUGGAAGCUAUAGCCCUUAUAAUUAUGGAUAUAAUGGGUUGGGUUAUAAUCGCCUACGUAUGGAUGAUCUUCCACCUAGUAGAUUUGUGCAGCAAGCUGAAGAAAGCAGCAGAGGUGCAUUUCAAUCGAUCGAAAGUAUUGUGCACGCUUUUGCCUCUGUCAGUAUGAUGAUGGAUGCUACCUUUUCAGCCGUCUAUAACAGUUUCAGGGCUGUGUUGGAUGUAGCAAAUCACUUUUCUCGGUUGAAAAUACACUUUACAAAAGUUUUUUCAGCUUUUGCAUUAGUUAGGACUAUAAGGUAUCUUUACCGACGAUUACAGUGGAUGAUUGGUUUAAGAAGAGGCUCUGAGAAUGAGGACCUGUGGGCAGAAAGUGAAGGAACGGUGGCUUCCCUUGGUGCCGAGGACAGAGCAGCUAACUCGGCAAAAUCUUGGCCAAUCUUCUUAUUUUUUGCUGUUAUCCUUGGUGGGCCUUACCUCAUCUGGAAAUUGCUGUCUACCCACAGUGAUGAAAUAACAGAUAACACCAAUUGGGCAAGUGGUGAGGAUGACCAUGUAGUAGCGAGAGCAGAAUAUGAUUUUUCUGCUGUCUCUGAAGAAGAAAUUUCUUUCCGUGCAGGAGAUAUGCUGAACUUAGCUCUCAAAGAACAGCAACCCAAGGUGCGUGGUUGGCUUCUGGCUAGUCUUGAUGGUCAAACAACAGGACUUAUCCCAGCUAAUUACGUCAGAAUUCUUGGUAAAAGAAGAGGUAGGAAAACCAUGGAAUCCAGUAAACUUGCCAAGCAGCAACAGCCUUUUACCAACACUACGCUAAUUAAAGGAGCCAUGGGUGCUGGACCUUUGGAUGACCAGGAAGCUGCCUUUGAGUCUGUUUUUGUCGAAGUUAAUAAGGGUUCUGUCAUACCUGAUUCCAUUGAGAAAAGUGGAGAUAAACAAGAUCUUUGAUAUCUUUUCUGUUUGCCUGCAGUCAAACUAUAGAGUACUUUAAAAGUUUACUUCUGUUAAAGAAAUUAUCAAUCUACAGUUCAAUGAAAAUAUUUGGUUGUGACUAUUGUGUUGCUGCUAGAAAUUAAAGUUGUGCACUAGUAAAUUGGUCUAGUGACUUGGUUACAUUUUACAGGUCAUUGAACCUGAGAAUGCUUCUAUCACCUAUAUUGUGAGAUUAUGGACACUGCUGUCAUUUUCAUCUUAUUUAAAAUACUAUGUUGUGCAUAGUAUACUAUGUGCAUACUAUCCUGCCGCAGGUAGGGCCUUUGCCUUGCACAUGGCUGAUCUGAGUUCUGUUCCCAGCAUCCUGUAUGGUCCUCUGACCACCUCCAGGAGUAAUUCCUGAGUGCAGAGUUAGAAGUAAUCUCUGAGCAUUGCCAAGUGUAGCCCUAAAACCAAAAAUAAAUAAAUAAAUAAAAUCCUAUGUUAAUUGAAAGAGCAAGAUUGAUAAACUACGGAAUAUACAGUUCGCUACAGUAAGGAUUAUUAAUGUGAGGGGUUUUGGGGGGUUAUUUUAGUUCUAGACUAAUUGACUUUGAGUCAGAAAUUGGGUGACAAAUGAGAACAGGCAAAAACCUAUUUUUACAUUAAACGAAUAAUAAAAAUUAUUUUGAUUUGCAUUAUAUCCAGUGUUGGGUUUGGUUUAGCCUGUAAUGUUUUAACUCCUUAAUAAUCCUUUUGUUGUGUUUAAUUUUAUCUUGAGAAAGUCAUUAAAAUUAUUGUAAAGAAUGUGAUCUAGAAUGGUAAUUAACUCUACUAGUUUUCUUUGAUAGGAAAAAACCUGAAAUUUUUCUUUCUUUAAAGUUAUUUCCAUUUAUUAUUAGAAUCAUACAACUUUUUAUCCCAUUGAAAUAUGGUUAGUUUUUUGUCUUGGAUGAAUUGAAAUAUAUGAAAAUUUAUUUUCUUUUUCUUCAAUUAAUACUAACAUCUUUAGUGUAUAGUUUGAUAUAACUAAUUCUAGCAGUAAUAAUAUCAAUCUUUUCAUAGAUUCUCUGUGUCUACCUAGUAUAAUUGCUUUUUUGAAUCCUACAUUAACACUAACUUUAAACAUUGAAAAUGUUCAUUGAAUAUACAUUUCUUUUAGGUUUAAUAUUUACUACUCAGAUUAUAAAUAAAAUGCUCAUUUCCCAAUUAAA